AGUUAGCUUCACUCGUUAGCUGCAGGUUAACGAUGGUUUCUCUUCUGACUCGGACUCGUCGGCUCCAGUUUUCUUGUCUCCAUCGUUUCCUGCGGAGUUUUAACGUUAAACCUGGAAACGUCACCAGAUGUGCGUCUCUGGACAGUGCUCUCUCUGCGUUCAGGUCUAUAUGUGGUGAGGACGGCGUCUCACUGGGUGAAGCUGUCAGAGAGCAACAUGGCAAAGAUGAGUCUUUGCACAGGUGUUGUCCUCCAGAUGUGGUGCUGUUUCCUAGUUGUGUGGAGGAGGUCAGUGCUCUGGCGAAAGUCUGCCACCGCCAUCGCCUCCCCAUCAUCCCUUUCGGCACCGGGACGGGCCUGGAGGGAGGCGUCAGUGCAGUGAAGGGCGGCGUGUGCUUCAGUCUGAGGAACAUGGACCAGGUUCUGGAUCUCCACCAGGAGGACUUUGACGUGACGGUGGAGCCGGGUGUGACUCGGAAGGCUCUGAACUCCUACCUGAGAGACACCGGCCUGUGGUUUCCUGUCGAUCCUGGAGCUGAUGCGUCUCUGUGCGGUAUGGCAGCUACCAGUGCAUCCGGGACGAAUGCAGUGCGUUACGGAACCAUGAGGGAAAACGUUCUGAACCUGGAGGUGGUGCUCGCUGACGGCACCGUCGUACACACAGCCGGGAAGGGCCGACGCCCCAGGAAGACGUCAGCAGGCUACAACCUGACCAACCUGUUUGUGGGCUCAGAGGGAACCCUGGGCAUCAUCACUAAGACGACGCUGCGGCUGUACGGCAUCCCAGAGUCAGUGGUGUCGGCUGUCUGCUCGUUCCCCUCCAUCCAGGAUGCCGUGGACAGCACCGUGCAGGUCCUACAGGCUGGAGUAGCCAUCGCUCGCAUUGAGUUUCUGGAUGACGUGAUGAUCGACGCGUGCAACAGGUUCAGUUGUCUCUCGUACCCUGUGAUGCCAACGCUGUUCCUGGAGUUCCACGGUUCUGAGCAAAGCCUGAAGGAACAAGUCAACACAACUGAGGAAAUCACUCAGAGUAACAGAGGCUCAGACUUCCAGUGGGCUCAAGAUGCAGAAACGAGGGAGCGUCUGUGGAAAGCUCGUCAUGACGCCUGGUACGCGGCUCUGGCUCUCAGACCUGGCUGCAAGGCCUACGCCACCGAUGUGUGUGUCCCUCUUUCUCGACUGCCCCAAAUCCUCGUGGAGACGAAAGAGGACCUGAUUGAAAACAGACUGACAGGUCCCAUAGCGGGUCACGUGGGAGACGGUAACUUCCACUGCCUGCUGCUGGUCGACCCCAGCGACCCCGAGGAGCUGCACCGGGUCCAUCUGUUCACUGAGAGACUGGCCAGGCGAGCUCUGGCCAUGGACGGUACGUGUACAGGGGAGCACGGAGUGGGUUUAGGGAAGAGAGCGCUGCUGCGUGAGGAGAUGGGACCCACGGCCAUCCAGGUCAUGCAGGGUCUCAAAGACGUCCUCGACCCCGAUAACGUGAUGAAUCCCGGGAAAGUUCUUCAGCCACGAGAAAUAUGAACUGUGUUUUAGUCAGUGAACUUGGAGAAUCUUCUGAUCUGCUCACCGUGCACGGCUUAAAGACUGAUGUCGCAAUGCAGCUGCUUAUUUCCAAUAAUCAAGUGUGAAAGAUAAGAUCCCAAACCAACGCUGUUAUUUAAAAUCUGUGAAAAUAUAGAUGGACGACAUGAAGUCUAUACUUUCUUUUACGGGAUGAUCUAAAAAUAUAAGUGAAUAUGGAAAAUCAAGAAUGUUUAGUUUUUUAAAGGAUAAUCAAACUGUUAAUUGUCCGGUAAGAUGACACAUUACGACAGUCAGCGAUUUGCAAAUCUGUCUAAUGCUCAUUUAGAAAAAUGGACAAAGCGAAAGCAGAAAACUUCAUAAAACCAGGACGCACGUCUGAAAACAUCUUCAUUACAACAGUGUCAGAAGUUCAAGCUGCUUCACAGGUUGACUCCAGGGGACCAAACCAAGCGUGGUGCCUCAUGCGUGACGCAGAAACACUCAGGUCGUCUGUAGUCCACUGAUUAAGAUGAUAAAUAUCUGUUUGUUUACUGUCAGUCUCCAUUAUAAUUAUCACCCUGAUGAUGGAUUUGAGGUCAAAUUAAGGCCAAAGUGUUCAGAGAAUUCACAGAGAAAAAACUGAGCAACCAAAUGAAUAAAUGUGAAGUUUGUGCCUUUCUUAAAUACACUUGUGUUGCUAAAUACCACUUUUCUAAUCCCUGCUCUUUAUGGAGAGUUUAUAUUUGGUCAAUAAUUGAUUAGUUCACAUCUAUUACAACAAACCUUGAGUUGCCAAGUUGAAAAAUUGUCUGUUUAUUCUUUCUUUAUGUUAGUUAUUCAGAUAUAAAUGUGGAUCAUGAGUAAAUAUUUGGGUGUUUCUCUCGACUUAGUUUUGCUUCAGUUGCUCGUAAAUGGAUUCUGAUGCCACAGCUUUGUUUUCCCAGAAACGCUAGACGGAUUAAAGAGCUAAAAAGACGUCAAAGGAUGAACCUCUGCCAGAGGAAUUAUUCUUAUCACCAAAUGACUUAUUAAUUACGUUUUAUUAUUUAUUCAGAUUGAUUAGUCCAGUUCUUCAGGUUGAAUGGGGGAGUCUUUAUGAAGUCCUGCGUGGCUGUGAGUUUUGCUGCUCUACUUUGAUUGUGAACAAACUGCCAUCGAAUCAACACAGAUCAUUUGUGUUAAACUGGAUUUAUCUCCUGCACAGUUUUGUCUAUAUUCAUGCAAAUGUAUUUAUAUUAUUUUAGAUUGAAUGUGAAAGAACAAAAAUAAAAGUCUUAGCCGUCCAAACACUUCUGGUCUGGAGUGUAAUGUAGAAAUAUUGUCUAUUAUAAAUGUGUGUAAAACCUUCAGAGUCGCUGUUUAUUUUAGGACAAAUUAAAUCACCAGACAACAGAUUUACA